AUGCGACAUCACCUCACCAGACUCCAGAAACAUAUAAUCGACCCAACCUCGUCCUCUCCAUCUGACAGAGCCUUCCCAAGUAUCCUGAUCAACACAGCUGGAUACGUAUCUCUCAGCGACAUGGAGAUAACACCUCCCGAAGAAACACUAAGACACCUGACUGUUAACCUCUACGGCCCGAUGCUCUGCUCUCAGGCAUUUGCUCGACUCUAUUUCGCUGCCUCCAAGGCCGCCAAAUCAUCGCCGAGUCCCCCACCACCAGGAAGAAUCGUCAGCAUUUCAUCUCAGGCGGCACAUGCCGCGCUGCAUCGGCAUGGCGCGUAUUGUGCUUCGAAGGCUGGGCUGUUGGGUCUGACACGCAUGGGGUGGUCGGGUAUCACGGCUAAUACUGUGUCUCCGACUGUGGCGUGGACGGAUCUUGGCAGGAAGGCUUGGGGGCAGGCGAGUGUCCGCGAUGCCUUCUUGGCGAAUAUACCGACCGGCAAGUUUGCGCUUCCGGAGGAGGUUGCUGAUUCUGUGCUGUUUCUUUGUCAGGAUUCCAGCGGCAUGAUCAAUGGUGCGGAUAUUAGAGUUGAUGGUGGUUUUACCGUUAGAUAA